UGUUGAAAUCCUCUUGGCAUUCAAAAUGCUGGAAGAGAUGAGGCUGGUCCAAAUCUUAAAGGAAACAUGGACUCUGUCCUUCGUGAGAUGCAUUUUCUCUGAAUUUGUUGGGACGGCCGUCUUUGUGUUCGCUAGCUUGGCCUCCACCAUCAUGUGGCAUCAGCCUACAGCUGAAGCAGGAGGUUCCUCCAGUGGUCCUCAGUCUCAUUCUUUGGCCACUGAUCUGAACAAUGACCUUUCAGUUGGAGCCCCCCAGCACUCCACAGCUUCAGUGAUGCAGGCUUCUCCAGAUCCCGUUCACGUGUCACUGACCUUUGGGAUUUCGGUGGCUGUCAUGUCUUUGUGUUUGGGAUCAGCUGGUGGUGUCCACUUGAACCCAGCAGUGACUCUGGCUCUUCUUGCUGGUUUUCGAGUAAGCCCCAUGCGGGCAUUUCUAUAUGUCAUUGCUCAGCUUCUGGGAUCCAUUACGGCUUCAGCUUUUCUUCAUGGAGUCACACCGGCUGGGGUUCGUGGAGACCUUGGAUUGAAUACACUUUCCCCAGGAGUCAGCGAGUUUCAAGCCCUGGGCGUAGAAAUGGUGAUCACCUCUCAGCUCAUUCUUUGCGUCUUUGCCACUUCAGACAAAAAAUCAUCCCUGAACAAGUUUGCACCUGUUAUCAUUGGGCUAUCAGUUACCUUGGGACAUCUUGUGGCUAUUGGCUUCACGAGUUGUAGUAUGAAUCCUGCACGAUCCUUUGGUCCUGCUGUCGUUAGUGCAAGUUUCAAAAACCACUGGGUGUUCUGGGUCGGUCCAUUGGGAGGAGCAAUUCUGGCAGCUUUUGUGUACGACUUCAUGCUAGUGCCAAGAUGGAGCAGCUUGACUGAAUGGCUGACAGGAAUGAGAGAGGCCUUCCUGACAGACUCUGACACAACUCCAGACAACAUAAGCACAAACAACACCAAUGAAACAUGAAAAUAAUCAAACUGAUAUUGUAUAGUAUUCCAGUUGAUGCUGAAUGAAAUUACAGCUGUUCUCACAAUAAAUCAUUCAUAAGGAAUUGCAAAGCCAUGGGUAUUUCCAGAAUCGUUUACUGUGGUCCUGUAGUUUUGCAGUUUACUCUUGGUUGUUAAACAUUUGCCAUGUUGUUUUUGCCAAGCGUUACCAGUCUUGCUUUGCAUCACUAAAGUAUAGUCUCCCUGCUAAUAUAUUUUAUCAUGCUUUUUGUUUCUUGGGGUGUCUGCUGUGUACCAUAUUAAUAGUGAUGUAGCUACCAUUCAACAUAUUAAAGAUGUAUUUUUAUUAUUUUCUGGAAGAAUCUGUGCAUUGUUGAUUAAGUAGAGUAAAUACAUUUCUUUAAUAAAACUGGUACUGCUGUCUUGCUAAAAUAUGUUACUUUCAAUGUUAUUAAAGAAACCA